AUGACUGAUGAUGGCGACAAAGUAAAACUUGAUUCCGGAAAGUUUGAGAAAUAUCUUUCGGGAGUUAACACAACUUCCCUAGGUACUAACAAACCAGCCUUAACCGGCGAUUCAGGCGAAGGCACCGUACCUGUGACAAUCAAGAAGAUUGAAAACGAUGUGACUGGCGAUGACAACUAUCUGAAAGAUGUUGAGAACGAAACGACUGCAGAUCCAAACAAAUUCAACCAAAACACCUUCUCAACACUGCUAGAGGCAGUCACAAACAAUCUCGAUGCGUUUUGCAAGAACAUUAUGAAACUGGCUGACGGCACCAAAGGCGGUGCUCCGAACGGCACUGAUGGUAUAAAGCAAAAGUUGCAUAAUCUUUCGGAGUUGUUAGGCGACAAACUUGAAGUUGACGUUAGUAGUCAUGAGAAAGUGAAAGGACUUGAAAAAACGUAUAACGAUCUUCUCACUUUACUUGGUGUUGAUUUGAGGAACAUUAUUGAUGCCACCGAAAAAUUCAUAAAUAAGGAUGCUCCUGAAUUGCAACAGGAUUGCGUAGAAGCAAUCCAUAACCACGUAAACGUAUAUUUUGGUUACACCCAAUUGUCCCUCACCACCGCCGCCCGCCGCAACUACGUCUCCUCCGUCAAAGCCCUCCUCACCGCGUUCGCGGACAAGGUCAGCCAGGAGUUGCGGGGGUUGCCGGAGGAGAUUGAGAGGGAUCUGCGGAUCGGGUUCAAGGGGUUGAUGAAGACGUUGGAGGAUGGUAGUACGUCAGCUAAAAUUACUGGGAAACAAAAUAUUAAGAAACUUAGCGAUUUAGUAACUGAGCUGACUGGCGGUAGUGUGAACCAUAAGACAGCAUUCGAAAAUUUCUCUGAUAAAUUCAAAGACUUUGCUGAACCGCUCUUUUUGUAUCUUUCCAAGGAAGCACAAAGAGUUCAUAGCGAAAAUAACGCUAAGAAAAAUCCUCGAGGCACAGACCUGCAACAUUAUUCCGAUCACAUUUCCAAAAUUCAUGACGCUUUUAAUAGCUUGCUCGAUGACCUUCACAAAAAGCAUAGGUACGAUUAUAAAGUUCAUAAUUUGCUUGACAAUCUUUCCGAUGCCGUAAGGCUCCUCGUCCCGAAAGGUUUCGCUCAGCCGAAUAGUCCGGUCAUUGACGGUCUCACAUCAGGGGUUACUCACUUUGUCGGUGAGCUGGAGAGGGUCUACAUCUCCGCGUAUGACAGUCAGAAAUGCGGUGAACUUAUAAAGGACUACAAACAGGAAGCUACCUUAAGAGGAGUGUUCGAAAAAUAUGAGUUGACUGAGGAAGGCAGAGACUGUGCGAAGGUCUGCCUCAGUGUCAUCCCUAUUGUAUACAAUGAGUUGAUGGAUCUUAAAAAUAAAUUUGAUGACGACGAUAAUACAUGGAAAACGUACAAGAUAUAUAACUCUCUGCAACCCGAUCAAAGCCUUCAUAAGCUUUUCUUCGGCGACAACGGUUACGACGUUGGUCUGAGCCAUGAUGCAAAGCACGGAGAGCUGAACCACAAGGAGCGAUAUAAUGGCCAAUGUAUUCUUGAUGUGCUGAAUAGUGAGACGCAUAAAUUGUUUGAAGAUAACAAACAGCCUCUCUCCCCAGCCGCUCCAGGUGUCGGAGAUUCGGAGGAACCGGAAGUACACUUGGUAGAUGAGGGUGCUAUCGCUAAGUUGUACAAUUACCUGAAGAACUACUUCGUCGUCUGUCACCUCAUCGGGCACGCCAAAUCUAGGCAUCCAUGCUCUGUGUACGAGAUGCUUUGCUGGCUUACUGGCCUCCCUCACAACACCGCUUACAAGAAGCUGAAGGAACAUAUUGGCAGCUUGUUCCUGGUGGCUGACAAAGACAACCCGUCGAAGAAAAUUCCUAAGCCAAUUCUUACCUCUCACUCCAGUAUCACUGCAUCCAAUGUAUUAACAGCGGUAGAAGAAAUUUGUGCAACUUCGUAUGCCGUCCUCACCGCAGUAGUUGGCACAGGUGACGCAGCAACGCAUUACGCCUGCGAGCUCCCGAAUAAUUCCUCACGCUUAAUCUAUCCCACCAACGGCGCCGAUUGUCUCGAUACGCUGCUGGACAUACUCCGUCGCAUAUUCCCCGUACUCCAAUUCCUCCAUGCUCAAUGUCAAUUAAAAACCAAGCAUUAUGGUUGGUACAAUUGCGAGUACGGUAGAGAUAUCAGGCCAACCAAAUGGCCAUGUAACGAGCAUACCAAAGAGUCAACCAAAGAGCCAACCAAAUGCCUACCCAAAUCACCCCUUCAAUCGUACCUCAAUGACUGUCUUCCCGGACAUCUUCCGCACCAGCUUAGUUCCAUUGGUUGUAAAGCGGAAUGUAAUACCUGUCCCAAGAAGCCAGAUGGAAGGCCGUGUUUAACACCAAUGGGAUUCAGAGGUUUUUCGGGUAGUACAAAAACGGGUAAGAAUCUAUGUAGCGUGCUAAGCAAAUUCUUCUCUAUUCUCCAUGUCAAUUCGCUGGUCUGCUUAAUUCCUAAACCGCCAUCUACUCUGUCUGAACAUUUCGGUUUCGCGCUAUCAUUGGUUGAAGGCUGGCAUACGUGGAGAGACACUGGUUCCAUAAAUCCACUGCAAGCUGCCAUGGAAGAUCACAUAAGCGCAGUAUCCAUGGAGCUCGUCAAACGAGGUGACGCCACCAACGCGUUGCGGUUGGCGUACGGCAGCAAUCAGGCAAAUCAUUUCAAACACGACAAGGACUCCACUGAUUUGUGCAGCCUUUCAAUGAAAAUGAUAUGUUCCGGCAGAAAUGCUAAUUGCGCUCCGUACAUAUCCACACUGUGCACAUAUCUAUAUGAUUAUCUUGCAUACAAGAAUUGCAACCUCUACCUCUCCUGGGCCAUCUACCUCCCGUGGACAUUCUGGGAUCUGCUCAACAAUCUCUACAAUGCCUUCUGCUCGAUCAACUGCAAGGACUGGGGAUGCCGUGGAUGUCUCCGCGGUGAUAAGUGUAAGAAGGGGGAGCAUGGUGUUAUCGAAGAUGAAAAGAAACCAAAUCCAACUUGUCAGUGCAGAUCCAUCGUCGACUGCAGAGGCGUCGCACCAACGCUCUACCAGUAUGGUUUCGUCUUUGGGGAAGCGUCGACGUUGAAUGACAAGCAAUCGCCGAAGAAGUGUUCCGAUUUCUGUAGUCAAUUGAAGAAUGUUUUAAAAUCGAAAUAUUUCGAGAAGCUGUUUGCUGAAUGUGACAUGUUCUUGUGGAGAAUCCGUGAACCAUUCUACUACCUUGUCCUUACCCUCUGGCUCCUCUCUCUGUUGUACCUCCUCCACAUCAUGGUCGUCCGCCUCGACCUGCUCCACAUCAAAUCGCAUUUACAUAGUCCCUCGAGUCAUAGGAUAGCCGCGCAAUCGCUACUUGCUGCUGCACGCGUUAACAAACUGGGGAGGGUGUUUUACCUGCAACCAUAA